AUGAGGAACGGCAGCACCGUGUGCGACGCGGCGGCGGCUGUGGGACUGGGCGUGGCGCCGCGGUACAGGGGCGUGCGGAAGCGGCCGUGGGGCCGGUUCGCGGCGGAGAUCCGGGACCCGGCCAAGCGGGCGCGGGUCUGGCUCGGCACCUACGACUCCGCCGAGGCCGCCGCCCGCGCCUACGACGUCGCCGCGCGCACCCUCCGCGGCCCGCUCGCCACCACCAACUUCCCCCACGACCUCGUCUCCUUCCCCACGCUCCCCGCGCUGCCGCGUCCGUCUCCACCGGCUUCCCCCGGCCCCGCCUGCAGCGCCAGCUCCACCGUCGAGUCCUACAGCGGGCCCAGGGCGGCGAACGCGCCUCGGGCCGUGCCGCGCGCGCCAGCGCCGACGCCCUUGCUGGCGAAGCUCCCAGGCGGCGACGCAGGAUGCCAGAGCAACUGCGCCUCCUCGGCCUCCGUCGUGGACGACGCCGGCGACGAGGCUGCCUCGGCCGUCGUCCGGCCGCGCGCGCCCUUCGUGUUCGACCUCAACCUCCCGCCGCCGUCGGACGAGCUGUGCACGGAGCUGCGGCUCUUCUAG